AUGGCAGCAGAGGCAACAUCAUCGGAAACUGAGGAACCUUGGUCUUGUCAUCCGGCAUAUGCAAGAUACUGGCAUCAUUAUCACCAAGCAAUGGCUUGGAUGCGAAGCCACCGGAAGGCCUACCGGAAGGCCAUGGAGUCUUACUUCAGGUCCUCAUGCAGGAGAGGAGCCCAAGUUUGGGCCACGGAGGAGGAAGAGGAGGAGGGAGAGGAGGAGGGAGAGGAGGAAGAAGAGGAGAAGGAGGAGGAGGAGGAGACCGAUUCAGACGAGGGGGUGGAGUGCGACCUGAGCAACAAGGAGAUCACCGAGGAACUCCGCCAGUACUUUGCGGAGACCAAGACGCACAGGGAAGAGCGCCGGCGGCGGCAGCAGCUGGAUGAGAAGCGCCUGGAGGACUCCGUGAAUGCCGACCACGACCUGUACUACAAGACAUGCCGCUCCGUGGAACCCCCGUCCGAGAGGCCAGGCGAGCGGCGCCACGCCGAGAUGAAGUGCCUGUAUGGGGACAGCGCUGCCAAGAUCCAGGCCAGGGAGGCCGCCCUGCAGCUGAGCUUUAACAAGCACUUCGACCGAAAGCGGCCCAAAUACUGGCCGGUCAUUCCGCUGAAGUUCUGA